UGAAUUUUUUUUACAGUUGCCGGUUUUCGUUACAAUUCUAAAAGAAUGUACCACGAUUACAACAAUCGCAGCAAAAAAGUGUUUUCAUUAAAAUGCACAAAUCUUUAAAGCUGAUUUAUAUAUGUUUCACAUUGACCCCUAUCAUUCUCACAUAUUUCUUGAAGCGUAAAAAAAAAGAAAAUAAAAGGAAAAAUAUUAAUGAAGAAAAAUAUUAUUAUAGGAAUUUGUUUAUGUUUAACAGAAAAUUAUGUAGAGACCAUGUGAUCAAAUCUAAUCCUUGUGAUAUUAAUUGCCCCCAAAGAAAUCUAAAAAUAUUGGUAGAUUGCAUUGGAUCCGCAAGACGAUCCAUUAGUAUCUGUGUACUAACUCUGCAGCUUCUAAAUAUUUUCCAAGAACUUUUGAAAGCACAUGAAAGAGGUGUCAACGUGAGAAUUAUUUUAGAUAAAGAAAUGAUUGCAGAAAAUUCACCAAGACUACAAAAACUCAAAGAAAAGGGCAUUCCUGUAAAAACUCAAGUGGAAAAGAGCUGUUUACACCAUAAGUUUUGUAUUGUAGAUGAAGAUGAUGAAGUUUUGGCCAAAAUGUUUUUUGGUUCUAUGAAUUUCACAUUACAAGGACUCGUCCGCAAUUAUGAGCAUGUUACCCUUACCAACAACUAUGAAAUGAUCAAAAGAUUUCUUGAAGAAUUCAAUUUACUUUGGAAUGAAUUUGAAUUUUUUUAUUAAAUAAACUGUUAGAAUCAUACAGUUAAGUGACUAUUAAUAUCAUAUGAAUAAUAACCAAUUUAUCAAU